AAAACAUAACUCAAGACGUGUUAAAGAAAUUUCUGCUGUUCAUUAUCCGAAAUCAUCGCGGAGGAUCGCAAUUAUCAAGUGCUGCGGUUUCAAAAGAUGUCUGCCGAAGUCCAAGAGGGCCCGAACGACAUCGAGCAAACUUGCCAGCCUGCCAGCAUCGGUGAACAAAACAUUCGUUUCGACAGGAAGUUCUGAUGACGUCAAUAGUGUUGCGCCAACAUUCACGGACCCACACGUGCACACGACGGAGCAGGAUCAAGAGUUGGACAGCUCGAGCAAAGGCUCAAACACAUCUGAACGGACUGAGUCGAGUGAUAUCAUAGAAAUCGUUACCACCGAGAGAAUUAUCGUCUCGUCAAUCACAAACUCGCCAACUUUUCAACCCGUUUUAAAAAAUUCUUUGGGCAAAUCAGCAUCUUCAUCUGAAUCAACUUCGAAAAUGACGACAACUACAAAAUCUCCAACGGCAAAUGGUUCAGCCAAAGCCGAGGAGCCAACAACCACUUCGACCAUCAAUAGUGUAUCAACAACUACGAGCACAACAACAACAACAACAACAACAACAACAACCAUUACGACACAUAAAUCCUGUUCAAUGAUGUGCUCAGACUAUGACAAAAAACUUUUGGGAAAACCAACAUCUAAGCCUUCAUCAGCGGAGGGCUCAGUGCUAACCGCGACCUUGUGCAACAAGAAAUAUUUCGUCUCUAGUGUUAAUGUGGCGAGAAACGAAGCCGGAUUGCGUUGCAAGGCGAUGGACAUGUCGCUCUUGGCUGUCACUUCCCUCGAGGAACUGAGCUGUCUUGCCAGUUUGAAAACAGUUGUUGGUUCGUUCUGGACGAGUGGCUCGAAUGUUGACGAAAAAUGCGAAUCCGGAAAAAAGUAUAAGUGGUGUUCGACUGGCCACAUCAUGUCCUCGGCGCUGGUCUCUUUGUCCAACUUCUGGAUGCCAUCGGACGUCCCUCCUUCCAGUCUAGAAAGCUGUCUGGCUGUUUUGAUUUCAUCCCCUGAUAAGAAGGGGAUGGUGCAUAGGAAUUGCGACGAUCUUCUGCCCUACAUCUGCCAGUUCGCAGUAGACUGUCCUAAGACGUGCACCAAAAACACGUCCUUAUUUGACACGGCUGGCAACUUGCUGAAAAAAACAUCCUACGGAAUUUGGAUUGAUGUAGGCAAAUACACGUAUCUCUUGGGAAACAAACCAAUGAGUUGGGAGGCGAGCUGGCGUCAGUGUUGUGCUUUGGGAAUGCAGACUCUCAAAAUCGACGAUGUUGAGGAGCAAGCGGGCCUCACAAACAUGACAGUCGUUUUUAAAGACGACUGGAAAGCGAAUUUCAACUACUGGACCAGCGGUACGUGGAAAGGGGCUCCGGUGGGCGAGUGGUCGUGGUGCGAGCCCCACGGGCCCACCAUCCUCGACCAGGGUCUAACGUGGGAAAGCGGCCAACCAGACAACAAGAACGGAACCGAAAGCUGCAUCCACUUCCGCUUUGUUUUGAACUCGACUGUUACUAUACUGACGGACCGAAAUUGUGCCAGCAAAUACAUCUACGCCUGCAAGAUGCCCAUUUUGAUUACUCCAAAACCAUGCGUAGCUUCGUGUCCAAAAAAGCCCUGUCAGCGAAACCUCACCCUGUUUGGCCCUGAAAAUCAACUGCUCAAUUAUCCCUAUUACGGUGAUUGGUUUAACGGAUGCGGACGCCAUUUCUUGUUCUACGAUAUGACUAGAUUGGAUUGGGGCAGUGCAUCGGACCUUUGCUGCAGUUUGGGUUUGACCCUGACCUCCUUGGAGUCCAAAGAUAAAACAAAAUGCUUUUCUAAACUUGUCACAAGAUAUGCCCGCUUUACUGUUGGCGACUACUGGCUUUCUGGAACCGACCUAGGUUGCGAUUCGAACUUUCGUUGGUGCUCUCUGGGCCGUGAUUUCGUUGACCCUGAGCUCAGGUGGAAGCAGGGACACCCGAAAGCAGGACUGGACUGCGUUUACGUCGAGGCAAGAAACGGAUCGGUGGUGUUGGCCACCGCGAAUUGCGAUGAACAGAAGCUGUUCGUUUGUGAAGUGCGCAAAACGGGCACCAGCCAGGUCGCUUUGCAGAACGAAUGCUUGGAAACCUGGCAAAUCACUGAUGCCGAACUUUACUUGCUUACUAACGCCGCUGCAUUUCUGACUGCGAACAUCUCUUUCGAACUGAAGUGCUUUUUGAAAUGCAUUGGAGUCAACUUUGGAUUGUUUGGUGUCGGAGGAUUGAAUUUCAUCGCCAUGUUGCGACAAGUGGAACUCGCAUCCAUGGAGGAGCCUGAGAAAAUGGAGCGGGGAUUCGUUGCUUUCGACGAGUGCAGUGGAAAAAAUGCGGACGAUGAGUGCGUGACUGCUUACGAAACUUACAAAUGCGGCUUGGAGAAGACUCCAGACUUAGUUUUGAAUAUGGUUUCGAAAAACCUAGGCAGCGAUCCUGUGAUCGAACCACCUUCUCCGUGCAUUCCGAUACGCAGGACUUGUUGGCUUUCGAAUAAUUUUCCUUGCGUUAGAAAACAAUCAGCUAUCGAUUUACUGAACAGCCAGGGCAAAGAUGAUAUGGGGAUCAAGACAAGUUAUGCUGGCAAGGAUUAUUACGUUGGAAAUUUUGAUACUGUGAAAGGAAACACCAAUCCUGUGACGGCAUUCCAGCGUUGCUGUGAACUCGGCAUGAGGCUUUUCGAGCCUCAGACUCUUGCAGAUAUUAGUAACGCAAGGACAAAUAUUGUUGGGCGUUAUUUCAACAUGAUGUUAAUUGGAGAGACGGAGUUCAUCAACAGGACGCACGAGGUGUGGUGUCGCAGCCGCACCCUGCUCACCGACGACAUGCUCAGCCCUGAUCCAUCCGCUAGGUAUCCCUGCGCCGAGUCGAUCGCCUCCACGUUCGGCUUUACAGUACCAAUAAUCGACAUGAUUUCUAAAUUUGACCUGGACAUUCACGACUACUACAUUAAUCCGCAAAAGUAUCCGAAUAGGGACCAAAAUUAUGAGACCUUUUUGUGUGAACCAAUGUAAAAUGUAAAUUUUUCUGGAUAAAAUUGGCAUGAGUGAUUAGACCAAUUCACGUCAUUUUGGGAAAGAAUUUGUGCUCUUUAAAAUGUGUUAAAUUUGAUUUUUGAAACAAGAAUAACAAGAUCAGAGAAUAAUUCUAGAAAAUUUCAAUUAAAAACUAUGUGAUCAACUAUGUUGAAAUUAUUUUAAUAAAAAGAAUUAAAUUGG